GGUCCUGUUCACAAGUGAAGAUGCUGCUGCCCCUCUGCGAGGAAAUCUGCGAGGUGCAUCAGCGGAGCGGCUGAAUCAUGGCAUCCCGGUAAACUUCUGAAGCGCCAGGGACCACAAAAAAAACUCCUGAGACGCACCGACUUGAGCUGCUCUGCGAGGAUCUUUUUACUACUGAAACAACAACGCGUUUUGAAAGCAGAUGUGACAUCGUGCGCAGGAGAGCUGGAGAGCUUGAGGUUGUUCUUUGUGUUCUUUCUUGAUUGGAAACGCUGGUAUUCCUGUGAAACAUCAUAAUCUUUCAACAGACAAUCAGUGUAAAUAUCCCACCGCAUUGGUUUUAUUUCGCGUCAUCUAAAAUCACUCUUUUAUUUUUCGCUAUUCGAAUGAGAUUGUCAGGUAUACGCGCGUCUCCAAACGAGGACGCACGGAAAUCAGACCAAUUUACUCUAAUCUGAUCUCUGAUAUCCAACAACGCCGCACCGUAAAUGGCCCCAAAUUAGAUUGUUUUAAAUUAAAUCUUUCCAUUUUCAUGACAUUAACUGAAAAAGGAUCGGUCUGUGUAAAAAAUCAAGUUUUAGUUCUUCAGGGUGCGAUGUAACUCUGCGAGGGCGAACGCCCAGCAGUGAUUGUUUUUUUCUUUUUCUGUUUCCGUUUUUGUGGAGAAGAACGGGUUUUGAAAAGUGGCAAUGCGUUUUGAUAGAAAAGAUCCGCGUCUUUACGCGUUCCCCAGGACUGUUUGUUGCACAUAAAAUGGAUUUGGAAGACCUGCCGUGGAGGGUGCAAGGGAGUGAUCAUUUGCGAACAACACAGUGACAAAACUAGAACGGCUGAGCCUCCUGGAAAAAUAAUCCCAGCAUGGCCUCGGUUCAGGACAGCGGCUGCUCCAUGGAGCUGAGUGGCUGGAACAGCAGUGUGAGCGGCUCGGGAUCCUCCGUGCCAUGCAACCAGAGUGUCCUAAAGCCUGCCCCCUACUCCCCGGAAGCAACGGUGGCCUUUGCCACCGCCAUAACCUUAAUGGUCAUCUUCACUAUCGUCGGGAACAUCAUGGUCAUCAUCGCUGUCCUAACCAGCCGGUCACUCCGAGGUCCGCAGAAUCUGUUCUUGGUGUCAUUAGCUGCUGCGGACAUUUUAGUGGCUACACUCAUCAUCCCCUUUUCUUUAGCCAACGAACUACUUGGCUACUGGUACUUCAAGUCUCUGUGGUGUGAGAUCUACCUGGCGCUGGACGUGCUGUUCUGCACCUCCUCCAUCGUGCACCUGUGUGCCAUCUCAUUGGACCGCUACCUGUCAAUCUCCAGGGUCACUUACGGACGUCAGCGGACACCCAAACGCAUCAAAGCCGCUAUUGUGGUGGUGUGGCUCAUCUCUGCCAUUAUCUCCUUCCCUCCCCUGCUCUCUUUGAACAAGAGUGAGGGAGGCGACAAGGGGAGUGAGAGAGGACCUCAGUGCCAGCUGAAUGAUGAGCGCUGGUACAUCCUUUACUCCACCAUUGGCUCCUUCUUCGCUCCAUGUCUCAUCAUGAUCCUGGUCUACGUAAGAAUUUACCAAAUAGCCAAGCAGAGAACACGCUGCCCACCUGGAGAGCCCAGGAAAGAUGGGGUUGGCUGUGCAACGCCAAGUCAGCCUCCUCGGCAUGUGCAAGCCAAUGGGAAGGAUGAAGAAGAAAGCACACCUCCUUCAUCCAACAAAACCUCAAAUGCCAGACCCCCCACCCUCGCUAUCACACCUUCUCCAGCUCCAGCAGAGUCUCAAACCUCCCCAAAUCCCACACCCAAUAAUCUCCUGCAGCCUCCAUCCCCUUCUCCAGCCGUGCCCACGGCCACAGAGGUUGAUACCUCUUCACAAGUCCCAUCAACCCCCUCCACUGUGCCUCAGUCUGCCACCAAGACUAAAGCGGAGGGGAAGAAGGGCAAGCGUCUGCAAAAGAAAAAGGCUGACAAUAACAAUGCUGACAGCUCAAGCACAGAGAGCGAUAUGGAGCACAGCCAUGGAGGGGGACACGGCAGCACCAGCAUGCCAGGGUCUCCUGCUGGAGGGGGGAUCCACUCCCCAGCCUCAGUCAAGCGCUACCGCGACAUGAUUGCCACUUCAAAGGGGGCUCGUCUGGUGCCAGGGAGAAAGUCAAAAACAGAUAACAACCCUGGAGCAGCGAGGCGUAAAGCCAUGGUCAACAGAGAGAAACGUUUCACCUUUGUCCUGGCGGUGGUCAUUGGUGUCUUUGUGGUGUGCUGGUUCCCCUUCUUUUUCUCCUACUCUCUCCAGGCAGUGUGCCCAGAGACUUGCACCAUCCCAGGUCCACUCUUUACAUUUUUCUUCUGGAUUGGUUACUGCAACUCCUCACUCAACCCAGUCAUAUACACCAUCUUUAACAAAGACUUUAGAAAGGCCUUCAAAAAGAUACUGUGCAGAGGCACCAAGGGUACUUUCUUUUAGCACAUAAAAUUGCUGUAUAGAAAAUGGACAUUUCUGAGGCAUAAACAAAACAAAACAAAACAAAAAACAAUCAUGUUCCAGAACACUUAAAGGGCUGUUUAAAAAAACAUACGUCAUAUGUAAAAACUGAGAGCCACUUUUACAGCCACAGCGUGUAAACACAAACCCCGGACUGUGAAAUCUCAGCUCGCAGCUGGUUGACAGAUUUUUACAGAGUAAGGCGAAGAAACAGACGAUGAAAAAGCAGCUGAGCGAGACACUAUUAACCUGCUUAGUACUUUAGUAUUUCUGAUAAGAUUUUGAAUCCAAAGUUUUAUCUUUGGAUGACAAGGAAUAAUAGAUAAUCCUGGGACACAGAGGGGGGCAGCAUGAUAGAAGAAAUGUAAAUACACUAUAAAACUUAUAGAAGGCAGAAAACAAGUGGGAAUUAACUCUGUGAAUUAAUACAACAUAUUUUUUUAAACAUGUUUUGUAGUUAUCAAAAACUUUGGGACUAAAGAAGACAGGUAAAAGUAAGGACAAGUGGCCUUAGAUUCCUGUGAGCCUAGGGCCCUUUACUUAUCAAUAGACAACACAAGGGGCACACAAGAUUAGUGAUGAUUUCCUACGUCUGCAGUUUCAACUGUGUCUGUAGUCUCGCAAAGCUGCAGGGCAAACAUGUGUUCCUUGAUUUUUAUCUAAAAAUGAAACAAGAGAAGGUUGCUGACGAUCUCAAAUGUGAUAGCACAAACAAGGGCACCCUUUCAGACUUAACUUGUAGAUUUUGUGCAGAAAGCCUUCAUGUGAAGCCCUGCCACCUUGCUUUUGGCUUCACUGGUCAUAAUGGACACUCAGGUUGUUUAUAAUGACACUCUUGGCUUUCACCUUUCAUGAAAUAUUCAAUAAAAAUUAACUUUGGAUGAUGGACUUGAUAUAAAAUCCCAUGUAUGAUGCUGAGAAGUAGACGAAAAGUGAUGAGACUGCAUCUCAUACUCUUAGCUUACAGUUUUCUUUCUUUUAACUUAACCUGUAGAAUCACCCUAACUGACUUGCCUGAGCUUCUCUUCCAAUGAACUGCCUCAGUAUUUGGACAUUUGAGCAACAUUCAAAGAUAAUUAGAGCAUCUUCAAACCCUUUCAGUGGUUUUUCACAGUAUCAAAUGGGAGGUGCAUCUCCUAAAAAUAAAAACGACCAGAUUCUUAUCAUUCUACUGGCAAGCAUCAACUUUCACAAAACAAAUCCUGCUUUGUGCAGCAUUAUUUACCAGGUAAACAUUUUAUAUUGACUGUAACACCGAGAUGAACAAUGCAAUUAUGGACGUGUGAUGUUCCCCCUAAUUACACCUACAGGGGUUAUACUGAGAACUGUUUGUCUGAGUCACUCCUUAACGAUGCCUCUGGCACAUCAUCUUCUGCAGUGGACCUCUACAUGGCACAUUCGACACGUUGCUGAGAGGCAAGAAGAUGAAUGGUACUUUUAUUUUUCUCACCAAGACAAUAAAGCUUUGUGAGUUUCCUGGACAAGAAAAAAAAGAAGGAAAAAAAACAAGAAAAUGUGUCUGUAACUGUGAACAGCACAUGUUUAUUGACUCAAUGGGACAAGGGCUGUCAGCAGCAACACAUUAAUUUAGUAACUGUCUAAUUCUGCUGACUUGUGUGAACGUGUGCGUGUAUGUGGGCGAGUGUGCGAGCGUGCAUGCGUGUUGACUCUUGUUUUUCCUUAAAAAGUGUCAGUGCCUCCUCUGGCUGCUAUGUACUACAGAUCUACUGUACUGACAGAUUUCCUGCAUCUGGUUGUCUGUAAUGUUUAUGAUGAAUUUGGAGGAAAGAUCGGUAGUGUGUCGCUACACUGGAACAGUCUUAAUGAUCUAAAAGUGAAAGUUUUUUCUGUGACAUCGAGUAUAUGGCUUUUUAAAGAUCACCCUCAAGGGACCAAAGAGCCUCACAGGACACCAGCCUGACUCAGUGAAAUCUGGCCCUGUGUUUCUGUAAUGAAAUAUCAGUUUAUAUUUGGUGUAUGUGACAGGAGGCAAAGAUUGAAAACACUGUAUUAUUUAUUUCAAACCAGUUUGUGUGUUCUGUUACCUAUUUAUUGUUCAGUUACUGUGCUUUUAUUCUGAAAAAUCAAUUGAAUUGGAAGCGAUCAGAGACUGAAAAGACUGUACAGAGUUUUAAUAUCCUGAACAAGAGCAACAUUGACUUCCGCCAUCAAGCUCUUGCUUUGUGAGACUGAGCUAUAUUUAAGCUCGGGGUUGGGGGGGGGGGGAUGCAUUUGUGUUGAACUGAAGGAACAUGAACUUUGAGUUAUGUGCAUACAAUGCAACAUUUAUUCAUCAUUGUUUCAUCUAGUUAUAGUACAGUGAAAUGUUCAAUCAGAGAUACAAGCACACGCAUUGAUGUACAAUCUAUAUCGCAACAGAAAAAUGUCUCCUCACCAGUGCUACUGCUGUCAGAUGUCUCCUGAAAAAGUAAUGAAACAUGAAAAUGUCAAUAGCAACCAUAGCCAGUUUUAUUUGGAUGAUUUGCAGUGCAUUAAGGCCUGAUAAUCCAUAUCACGCAGAGCUGCUGGGAGAUUUAAAUAACUGAUGAAACCAAAUGGUUGCAAGCAAGAGCUCUGUGCACUUAUACAACUGUUCCCUGUCCUCAUUUAAAAUGAUUAUUUUCUCUCCAGUAAUACAAACAGCUAUAGCAACUCAAUUAUGACAAAAAUAGCCACAGAGGUCAUGGAUUCAUGGCUGCUUCCAAUAACUAUGAGUUGCAAUGCUGCUCAAACUUACCAUUCAUGGCUUUAUGUGGUGAGACUGCUGCUUUGUUUGUUUGUUUUUUAAAAAGUAAGAAUUAUAGCUUAAAGGUGACAGAUGCAGUAUUCUGCCUGUUGAGCACCAUCCUUUUCCCAGAAACUGCCUGAAUUGUCUUUUCCCCAACUGUGUUUGGACCAAACUGCCUGGUCUGAGCUUUGCAAUCAUCUAUCUCCCAUCUGUCAUCAUCUCCUUCCAGUUUGGAAAUAAAGCCGCUUG